AUGAGGGGAUGGUCUCAGUACCACCCCAACAUCUCUCGAGCUAGGAAUCGGAGUCCCUUUCUAAAUGGAAUCGAUCGAUGGAGGGCAUAUGAAGGCCCUAAAUGCCUGUUUGUGGGGAAUCUCCCUUUCUCUUGUUCCAUAGAAGAUCUAUUGAAGAUCUUCCAGAGGUAUGGUAGAUUAUCUGAGGUUUUCCUUCCUCUAUUUCCUGGUACCGGUAAAUCUCAUGGUUUUGCUUUCAUCAAGUUUAUGUAUGAAGAUGACGCCCGUGCGGCCAAAGGUGUUCUCAAUGGAAAAUGCGUAGACGGGAGGAAGGAUACUGUCGAGGAUGCCAGACCUAGGAAAGGCAAGAAGGUUGAUGUCCCUCAAUCCAUUUUCCCCCAAAAGCCUGAUUCCAUGUCCUUCUCCUUCCCUGCAACAGAUCCGCCCAACCAUAAGGGAUGGGAAGUCCCCAACCUACAUCAGUCUACUUCGAGUCACCGGUCCUUCAUCGCUGACUCUUCUGAAGUUGCUUGUAAGCUGAAGGCCCAUGAGACCCCAAGUCCUCCUCCUGAGGUCAGUCAUCUCAACCCAUGCAUUGCCCCUACAGGGGGAACGUUAGCUAUUAUUCCCUUGAGCAAAGUAGUAACUACCCCAGCAGUCGACGACAACCAAGAAGAUGUGGUAGAGCAGAACCCAGUCUCCCUGUUAUCGACAGCCCUUAGCACAGACACUUCCAGGGGCCAGCCCGGUUACAACUCCGCUUCUGUUCAGGUGCCAGCCUCGCCUCUCGCUACAUUCCAUCAACCAGGUAUGGAUUUGCAUUUUGUUCCUGGAGCAACUGCUAACCACCUCUCUACUAAAUCGGGCCUCCUUGACUGCGGGCCUUCAGCCAUCUCUCCUGAAGCAGAUUUCUCGAAUACCCAUCCCCUCUGCGUUUAG